ACAUCGCUACUCUUAGUUUCUGUGGAUUUAACUUCCUGUUUGGGUAGAGCUUUGUUAACUAUUACAAUCAUCGCAGUGGUGGGCCAUUUUAACUUAGAGCGUUAACACUAAAUAAUCAAUUAAACAAGCUUAAAAUACAGCAAAUCAAAAAAAAUUGAAAUAAUUCUUUAAAUCCCUGUAUUUGUAAAAUAGAUAUUCUAUUUAAACUUUGAACAUUAAGCCUGUGUGUGUAUGUGUUUUAACAGCAGAGAAUACUAGAACGAGCAGCUUACAGAUAUGUUAAAUUUCUAUUCAAACGGCAAAGGUUUUGGAUGUUACGUUAUUAUAUUUUGUGUAUUCUCAGGUGAGCCUUGUUUAUUUAUAUUAACUUCUGUAUCAUCAUCAUCAUUAUCUGUGUAUAUUUGAAUGAAAAUGUACACUUUAUCUUUAUAAUAUUCCUUCGCUAUCUCUCUCGAUAUCUAUCUAUUUCUCUCUUUCUCUCUCCCAAUAUUCAUUUCUUCUUCUUUCUCUCCGUAUCAACACUAUACACGCUUUUUAAACAUUUUUUUCUCCUUUGAUUCAGAUUCUCUCCACCCCUUUCCUCUUCCUCUUCCAUUCUAUAUCUUUCGUUUCACUUUAUUUCGCGUCAUUGUUUAUCCUCAUCUAUUUUAAUAGGUGUCUAUUUAUUAAAUCUUCAAGCUAGUUCGACUUAAAUAGGAAGUUUAUGUGUGUGUGUGUGUGUAGUGGGGAUGGUGGUGUAAAUGAUGAUAAACUCUCGACGCCAACGUCUUCAUUUUUUUUAAAAAAGAAUUCCCCCUGACCUAAUUGAGUCUGCUCUGAUGACACCCUGCUCUCUCUUAAUACCCUGUUCUGAUGGAAACCUCUGACAGCCUGUUCUGAUGGAAACCUCUGACAACCUGUUCUGAGCGAAACCUCUGACAACCUGUUCUGAGGGAAACCUCUGACAACCUGUUCUGAGGGAAACCUCUGACAACCUGUUCUGAGGGAAACCUCUGACAACCUGUUCCGAGGGAAACCUCUGACAACCUGUUCUGAGGGAAACCUCUGACAACCUGUCCUCGUGGCUACCCGCUAUGGUGUUAGCCCGAUCUUGCGGUACUCCGAACUGGUGUCAGUCUACUCAUGUAAUUAACUGAAAUCUGUUUUUAAAACGGUCUCGUGCCAACAAUGUCAAAUUUAAAAAUUCUCCAUUCAGUGUCAACCCCUUGUGAGGAGGUCAUCCGGUACAGUCAGCACACUUUGGCCCGCUAAUGCUGAAAUACUUUGUGACCAUUUGAAUAUGGAACUUACAAUUUUUUCUGAGCUUUUUUAGGAUCGCCUUUAAUGGAAAUUUUAGAUUGUGCAAAAAUUUCGUUUUUAUUUACAGAUUCCUUUGGGUCUUUUGAUGAGUAGCUAAUUUAAAGCUAAAGUCAAAGUUUAGGAAAUUAUACUUCCAAUUCUUUUUCAGAUACAAAUUUCAUGUAAUUAUUAUGCACUGUGUAAAGUGUAUGAGAAUCUCCUGUCUUGUAAAUACAUAUAAUCUAAGUGUCUGAAAGUUUUGAUGUUAGAGUUUUGUAACAAGAAAUUGAAUGCAUCGCAUCACUUUAGUUAGCCAAUCCAAUGCCAUAUAGUAAGUCUGUUUGAGCGAUAUAGAAGUAGGCUACUAUUACUAAGUACCUAUCCAUAAUCCUAAUUAAAAGUAGAUGUGAGAUUAUUGGAUCAAGUUACUCAAUUUGUUAUAUUAAUGAAGAAAAAAUAUGUUUCAUUUGCAUAUUAACACCAUUACAUAAAACAUUAUUACAUCUUCAUUACAGAGUUGUGCUAAUCACUGUAGGGAAUACUAUUUUUGUGUAACAUUAGUUUGGGGUGGGGAAGGCGCUAUGGAUGGGCUUAUAGUGGCAAUGGGGCGGUGGCCUAAAAAGUUUGAGAAACACUGAUGCAACUUUAAUGUAAAGUUAAAUAAGUUUAUUUACUGCUAACGUUUAUUGCUGUAUAUUUUAAAUAAACAGUGGAAUAAGAUAGACAUUAUAAUUUAACGGUGAUAUUCGACGUACCGAAGCGCCUUAAUUCAAUAUUUACACAAGAUUUUGACACAUGUAUGUCAAACAAACGUUAUGUUAUGUUGGUUCGUCUAUAGAAAUUGAUCAAGUCCAUUUCAAUCAUAGGAUCCUUGCCUGGUUCUGCUUCUAUCUGUGGUAUGCGCUGUGCACAGAUGGCUGAUGAGACCAAUUCUGACACAAAAUAUUCUUGUACAGUAGGUUAAAGUGAUGGACGGGUCAUCUCCAAGUACAGAAUUAAACCGGAAUUUUCUGGAAUGCCUUUUUUGCGGUGCAGCUGUUGCUCUGUUGGCUGCAUGUUUAAUGGGUAAAGAGGAAUACAACGUGUUACGCACUGCCUUCUAUUGUGAGAACUUAAUCUCUUAUUUUAAUUUAAUGGCUCGUUCAAACAGUGCCUAAGAAAGGAUGAUACUAUAGAGAAAUACAAUAGCAAAAAUACGACACUCAAAACAGUACUAAAUACAAUUAAUAAAAUUUAUUUAAGUAUUUAUAUAAUUAUAUAACAAAAUAAAUAUAAUUACAAAUCAUCAUUUUACAGAGUAUUGGAAUGUCUUGUACCGGUACACAGUUAGUACAAUGUGCCAAUUAAUAAAAUACAAUGAUGAAUGCGAAUAAACACAUUUGAGUACACAAAGAAUAAUACACUUGUCUCGUAAAGUUAAAAAUAUAUAUCAAUCAAUCUCUCUAUCAAUCUCCAUGAAUCUCUGUCCCUGUCAAUCCCUUAUAUAAUGAACAGUAAGAAGCUUUCCUGAAACGUCUAAGACAUUGUUUACGUUUCUCGUCAAAUCGAGAACGUUCCACAAGAUACUAGGAGACAGACUAAUCAUGUUUAAUUGGUAGUUGACAGUAAACACGCUAAGAUGAAAGGGACAGGCCACGCCAACCGCGAACGCAGUCGUCUUCUAGAUUGGGUUAUACAGAGUUCACGGCACAAGGAAAAUGUCAUAAACAUGUCAUAAAUAACAAACAAUAAUGGAUCAUUGCCAAAUCAUCCCGUGUGUGCGUGUUUAUAUCUAACGCUUUCAUUAUUGCCUUAGAGUUUGUUUAAAGCAUUUCCUCUGUACCCAAGCAAACUGCAUUAAAAUGUUAUCUUGGGCACUCGAUCGACUGACAUCCUCAAAGCAUGCGACAUGCGAAUCUAGGACGGCAAUAAAACGUAAAGAUGCCGGAGAGACGUGUCUCUCAGAUGCUGCACUGCCAUUUGAUGAUGAGGAAUUUUAAGAGGAUUGUCGUGUAGUUACUUUUUCUUGUAUGGCGUUGAGAGACCGUCCAUGUUUCACAGGCUUGUAGAAGUGUAGGGAACACAAGUGCCUUUUAGUCAUUUAUCUUAGUUUGAGUGUUGACACCUUUCACGGUCCAUGUAUUCUUAGACAUUUUGCGCUAGGUUGCACUUGCUUAAGUACAACACGUACUUAAAUAGAGGUAUACCAGGUCUGCAUUUCAGAAAUUUUAACCGGAUUUUAAUUAUCGCUUUUAAAAGAUAUAACAAAACUGAAAUCUACCUAAUUUGUUUAACCAAGGUCAUUUACUCUUGAAGGAACGACUGGAUGAGGAUUUGUAUCUAGACAGCAUUAACAUUAUAUUUUUUUCAAACUCUUUGUUUAUUCGAAGUCAAUUAAAAUUAGACCAAUAUAGUAGUUAGAAAUAUAAUUUUAUUUAUCAAGUAUUGUUAAAUGCUCAAUGAAAGUCAUGUAAGUGUUGAAAUGAUCGGUUAUUCAUAACUUGUCCUUUUGUUAUCUGUUUCAGUGUCAAAGUCUGCAAAUGUUGAAAAAUGGGUUAGAUAUUCAUUUAGCCAAAGUGGUGAGAUGCAAUAUCGUUAUAAUAAAAACAAUUCAUGCCCCCAAGAAGGAUAUGGACAAAGUACACACGUAUACAGCAUAAACAUUCCGGUAAAUUUUCAGGUAAUUAAAAAAAUAUUUACAUUUUGAAGUUUGUUUCGUCUUGACCUCCUAAAAUUGAAAUAUUCUUAAACAGAACUUGAGUUCCGUUGUUUUAAACAAAUGUUCUAGUUCCAUUUUAAGUCAAAGACAGUAAACGGUAAAAAUUACCAUGCUGUAUAAAAAAUUGUAUCAUUAACUUCCAAUUUAGUCUUCGCCAACACAGUCACUGUCUUGUGCUGUUAUUAGAGCUGCUACAUAUCCAUAUAUAAGAAGCAAUUUUUAUCGAAGAUGUUUCCAAAUUAACUAUAGAAAUUAUUGAUUUGCUAUAUAAAAACAAAGUUGUCUCGCAAUGGGACAAGAUGGAUAACCAAAGUCAAACAAAAAGAAAGUGGGGAGGACGAUUUUUAUAGUUAUUUUAUGUGCAAGAGAAAUAUAAUAAAAACCAACCCUUACAAAACAAGGUUUUGCGUAUAAAUCUUUUUUUAUGCAUUUUGUUCUUCAUUUUUUUGUUUGUAACUAUUUAUUCAAUGGUAAGGUUUUACCCGAAAAUUGUUUUCUUCAUUUUUGUGCGACUUAGCGACGGAUGCUCUUCUCACAUUUCCUUCAUCUUCCUUGUUUUGGGGGAUUGUGGGUAGGGGUGGGGCUGAAAAUUUGAGAGAUUGUGUUUUCAUUUGCCAUGUGCCAAGUUCAAGCUUGAUAGGAUGAUGGCAAGUGGGUCAGUUACCAUUAUAGGAGAAUUUAUCACAAAUAAUGAAACAUAAGAAUAAAAGCCAAGUUAAUAUAAAGGGUUUAAUAAUUAAUGAGUGACCGGAAAACAAACAUACGAACUAGUUUAAAAAACCGAAAGAUGGUAGAGUAACAAGAUUACGAUUUACCUGGGAAUAUUUUUGAAAGUUCUGCUGAAGCAGGAAGCAGACCUGAUUUAUGAAUGAGUCAUUUAUGCUUUUUGCUACUAGUAGACUGACAUGCUGGGUAAAGUUAUUCCCACAGAAACAGCAACAGAUUAAGAGAUUAACUUUUUCUAAAAAUUCUUCACUAGAUGAAGAGAAUAAAAGUAAAGCAACACUUUUAAGACCGGUAAUAUCAAACGUUUUUGUAGUAAGAAUAAUACAUUUUGCAGAAGUGAAUGGUGGGGAGCAAUGAUGGGGAGUCAUAAUGGGGAGCCAUGUUGUGGAGCAAUGAUGGGGAGUCAUAAUGGGGAGCCAUGUUGUGGAGCAAUGAUGGGGAGUCAUAAUGGGGAGCCAUGUUGUGGAGCAAUGAUGGGGAGUCAUAAUGGGGAGCCAUGUUGUGGAGCAAUGAUGGGGAGUCAUAUUUGGGAAUCAUCAAUAGGCACUUGAGACACACUGCACGAAUAAGACAGAAAGCAAUCUCAUUGACUGAACUGAGUUUAUCAACGACAUAUUGGUAUUUAAUAUUAUUUACUAGACUAGUGAAGAUAAUCGAUAGAUCGGUGCAAGUGAUUACUCAAGUGAAGGUAUAUAACACAAGUCAAAAAUUUGUCACUUGUAAAGCAUUUUUAAACAAUCAUUUCUUAGCGAUGUUCUUUCCGUUAGCUGAUGCAUCUGGGUGCUGUCCGUGGCGGACAGGGGUAGAUAGUACUUAGGUGGGUGAGGUCAAGUUUUUUUACCAAUUGUUGUUUUUAAAUGUAUAAUUUUCUGUCAUUGUUAGUUUUUAUGUGAAGUGCAGUGGGCCUAGCCACAGGGGGUACUGCGCUAUAUAAAACCACCUUAAUAAUAAUAAUAAUAGUAAUAAUAAAUAAAGCACACAGUAAACCAAAGCUAAAUCAUGUAGGGGCUUAGGUAGAGUUGGGUGGAUUGGGCAGUAGACCCCGGACCAGCAAUAUUUUCUUUAUGUCAUUUUCGGCAAGUUGGGUAAUUAAUCAUGGAGGGGGCGGCAAAAAUGUUCGUCAACCCAGGGUGGCCCAUAUCCACGCUAGGUAACCUAAGCGAAAAAGUCUACGUUUUUUAAAAUCUCCAUUAUAAAAUAAAUCCUUGUUAGUUUUGCAAGUUAAAAUCUUUUAUGAACAAUAUUUACUUCAAUACAAAAAAAAAAAAAAAAAAAAAAAAAAAAAAAAAAAAAAAAAAAACAACACAACAAAAAAAAAAGACAAAUUAUUUGAGAUAUACAAUUUUACGUUUUUAUAAAACGUGUAUGGGUACAAUCUAUAUUUUUGAAAAUCUGAUAGCUAUUCCCUUUUGAAGUGUGUGUACUAGUAUUCUCGUGUAGGUUCUUCUUUGACUCUUAUACAAGUUUUAAAAAAUCAAAAAGUUUUCCACUGCCUCGGAACCCUUUUAUUGCUGAUUAAUAUGUACCUAAGAAUGUUUUAAAAGCAUAAAUUCUAUAUAUUAAUUUGUUAAAUAUUAUAUAUCAUUUUAAAAAUAUUAAUAAUGGUAUUAAUAAAUACAAUAUCUAAAAAAGAUUUAAUCAUCCUUAAAUUUUCAGGGACAUUGCACACGUGAAUAUAUUGAAUUAAAAAACACCAACAGUCCGCGUAAAGAUCUCAUAGACAAGGUCACGAUAGAUUGCAAUGGAAGAGAUGAGUGCAAUUCGUCAUACAGUGGACUGACCGUACCUAGGCCUAAUUGUUCAAAGACUAUUGCCGAUGAGUACAUCGACAUUGCUUUCAUGUGUAAACCAACUAGUAAGUAAUCCGCACUUACCUGUUAAUUUUUUUUUCUCCAAAAAGUACACAUCUGCAGCCAUUACACGAAUCUGUUCAACUGUCAAACUAAAUCUAUAGUUCAUUUCAAUAACUGCUAGCUCAUUAAGUUAAAAAUUCAUUGCCGAAAAUACAUUGUAUAAAAACUGAAAACACAACAGGUACAUCGCAGAGAACUCAUAUUUAAUGAUAGUGAAUUAAAUAAAUUAUAAAAAAAGGAAUAAGAUGGUAUUUACAAAUAACAAAUAAGAGACGUCAAUAAAUUGAGAUAGUGGGAUUCCGUUUACUAUGACCCAUUUUGUUUAACCAAUAUUGUUUGUUAGCACCCACUUUGCGGCCCACAAGGUAACGAAAUGUUCUUUUAGACUAUUCUGUAGGUACGCCCAUGUCGAAGGACCUUGGGAAAAACGAUUGAACGUAUGCAACGAUUAUAAUAAUUAUUAUUUUAAAAAAAAUAUAUAUGUAUAAAGGAAACUGACAUACGAGUUUGUGUUUUUUCUGAAGUAAAUAGUAAUAUAUGUAUAUAUAAAUCAGUACAAAACUCUGUCUCUCUUUUUGUUUCGUAUCGUUAUAGCUCAAUCCCUCUAGCUCAGGGGUCGGGAACCUAUGGUUCGCGAGCCAGAUGUGGCUCUAUUGAUGGCUGCAUCUGGCUCGCAGACAAACGUUUGAUUAUAAAAAAAAAAAAAUGUUUCAUUAGACUCAUCUGAUCUACAUAUUAAUGGCAUAUUACAUUUCAUUCUACAAAUUUUCUACAAUUUUUAGUUUUAAACAUAAUGUAUGGCUCUAACAGAAUUACUUUUCAAAAUAUGUGGUGUCCAUGGCUCUCUCAGACAAAAAUGCUCCCGACCCCUGCUCUAGCUGAUGCCGCUCCCUAUUUCGAUCGGUUUAUAUAUAGUCUUUCAUAGAGACUCUUCCAAAAAGGGGUUCGGCAUUCUUACUGCACCUCGACCUGUCUCGUAAGUUCUAAAGAAUUGUAAUUCUAAAGACGAUAGCCUGUGUUUACGUGUAGUCGGUGUCAAGGGAGACAAUUUGUAAUUAAAGCACAUCCAUCGUCACCGAACCUGGGUGUUGUGAGCUAGUUUGUUGUGAAUGUUGGGUGGGGGGAGUCGUGAAUCGUGAGAGUGUUUUGUGAGUUGUUGAUCGUGGGGUCAGAGCGCGAAGUUAGUCCGUGGUGUGGAACGUUUGCGUAGGCUGAGUUGUUUGUGUGGUAUUAUAAAAGGGAAGUGUGUUAGCGAGAGGUCAGAGGUCAGAGAAGAAAGUCAGACAGAGAGAGAAGAAAGGUAGGGGAGCAAGAGAAUGGUUAGUCGUCGAAAGUUGUCAGUUAGGAUUUAGUCAGUAGCGAUAGGAGCGAGUGGAUUAUUGGUCGUCGGACUGAUGUGUAUCCUGUUUUGUAAAGAAUCUAAUAAAUAUUAUAUAUUGUUACACUGGACCUUUGUGUUUUAUGUGAGAGAUUCAUACACCCUGGACAAAGCAAGAGGGCCGUUACAUUUCAAGUAUAACAAAGGCCGUAACACUGUGAUGAACCAGAGUUCAUGCACAGGUUUCACGAUGUAAACAAGAUGCCUACCGUAACAAAUCGGUGUUUUGUUUUGGCUUUGCGCUUCUCUCAUCCGUCCUAUUGCCGGCUCUAACUUUACUUGUGGAAUAAGAGCAAGUGGUCUAUCGCUGCGUUAGAGGCUAGUAAAGAUAGCGAUGCAAAUACAUUUUAAAACAAUUUCACAAAUAAUCAGUUGGAUUUGUCUUUUAAAUAAAAUGUGUUUAGAUAGUCAUACAGAGGGAACAAAAGGGGGGGGGGCUUUGUUAUGCGGAGAGCAUUACCCUAGAAAGGUAAUACAAUUUGUCAUGUUCACUGUCUUCAAAAUAACAACGAACGUAACACAAUAAAUGGUUUUACUACUCUUGACUUAAAACUUAUGCGACAUAUAAAUCAUAUUUAAAUUUUUUUUUGUGGUUGAUACAAUAUAUUUAAAAUGUCUUGCUUAGAAUAUGUAUUUAUUUAUUCUUUCUUGUACCAUUAUACAAAUCAACACUAUCAGACCGAUGAGUUCAUUGUGCUCGUGUACUGUAUCGUCUACCAUAUGAAUAAUGUGUACACGAAAGAGUGAUAACUGAAUGUUAUGACUUGAACAUUAGUAUCUAACAAUCAAAACAGGAUGAAACAAUCUUUUCAUUGACGAUGACGGUAGAAAAAAGUGCACUGACAUUUGUAAAGUGGUUGGUCCUCUGUUUGAUUUCCUGAUCAUUAUAAUGUUAUUGUAAACCAUGACUGUAUUUCAGUUAAUGAACAUUUUAUUGCAUUUCAGAUAUUGACAAUAUCACGGUGUUCAAUAUCGGACUAGACCUAGAUUUUAAACUACUUAAGAGAAAUGGAUCGUAUUACCUGGUGUUACGCUUACAAGACAAUAAACACACUCACCGCCAUUGUAAAAUCGAUGGAUGCCAAUCUGGUAUUAAAGUUACAGUGCUGCACGUGGACUUUAGACCCAACUCAGAAUCUAAUAAAAUCAACUCACAUUCGUUGCAAAAAUGCCAUGAAAACAUGACGUUAGUUUCUAAAGACAGUCAGACAUGUAAUUAUAAGUGGUAAGCUUUUCAUAAUUUUUUAAUUAAAAGCACGUUGAGAAUGGUGUAAUUUAAAGUUAAAAAUGUCAUAUCUAAGGUUAAGAUAAUCUGUUUGAAUUAACACAGCUAUUAUCACACCUUAUUCUUCGGGAUCUGCUAAUUUUACAAUCAUUGCUAUCGUGACCUGCACUAACACACCAAACUGGGUGAAUUCGGAGACGAAGCUUAUCCAGACUUAUGGAACCUUGACACCCCAUGGCAUAAACGUCAUGUUCUUAUUAACCUGUAAAACCUUUUCUCCACCCUUCCUCGUUUCGACCAAUAGCAGUGGACUUACUUUUCCUCUCUUCUUUCCAUUUUUCCAGUUUUGCCUGUAUUUAAUUUUUCACCUACUCAUUUUGUGACACUUUCCUCUUGCUGUCCUGUCAGAUAGUACAUUUCAGCUGUUUUUUUUUCUUUGGCUUCUUGCCGACACGUUCGUUGUUGUUGUUUUUUUGCGUUCCUUUUUCAGGUUGUCCAUGCUUUGUUUCGCUCACUUCUAUGAUUACCUGUUGUUUGUUUGUUUUUUUAAUAUGUAAACGCUUUAGAUAUAGUGGAUAAUAACGGCGUACAGAGUAGUGCGCUACUUUAGAUCCUAGAGAAGCUCUUGAGUUUCUUGAAAAGAAAUAUAUAUGUAAAUAUUAUUUUUUUAACUACGAUACAUUUAUUUCAUCCACUAGUGAUAUUCCGUCCGUACGCUAAUAUGAUAUUCCAAAUAACAAGUUUGGUAAAUUACUUAUAUUAUAUGAUUCGAUGUUACUUUAUAUUUUAAAUACUUUAAAAAAAAAAAAGCAAUGUAAAGUAAUAGAACGAAAAGCAUUACAGUAUUUUAUGAAUUUGUAGAUAUAGAAAUAAUAUUGCGAAUAACCAAAAUAUAUUAUUUUAUUUUAAUGCCAUUUCUUUUGUUUGUGGGUAUCUAUAUAUAUAAAAUAUAAUCGUUUGAACUGGAAUUUAGUUAUGAAAAGCUUCAGUAUUAAAUGAAGCAGCCCAAUUAUUUUAACUUACAGGAAAUAAGUAAAUAGCGAUAAAGUGAAAAUGAUAGAGUUUACUACAGGAGAGGAUGGGUUUUAGUGGAAGCUUGUAAACGAUAGUAAAGGGUAAAGCAAUAGAACUGAGGUGUGGAGGUGUAGUGUGGUGAAGGGUGAUGUGUGUUCAAUGGUGGAGUUAAAGGAAGGAGGAAGAACAACAAUCUAAACUCCAGAUUGUUCAAGAUUAUGUCAUUUGAACAACACUCUCAAUGGCUUAAUACUCUAGUACAACGAUAAAGAUAUACCAAAAUACGACCUCUUCUUUAGCUUCAUGAAAAUAUGUUUCUCAUCUCAGGAAUUCAUCUCUUACAUUUCAAAUUAUGAAAUGCGAAGCUAAACAUAUAGAUAUUGACAUUUAUAUGUCAACAGGAUUUGUCUGGAUAGAAAUUGAAGGUAAUUUAUGGAUUUAUUAUAAUUAUUUUUUUAAAGUAUUGAAUGUUAUCAUUUUCACGUUUCAAAAUAACUUUUGGUAGAUUUGUUAAAUUUCAAAUGAAUCACGAAAUGACACUUAUUUCAGAAUUCAUUCUAAUACUUUUGAAUUAUUGCUUUCACCAAAAUAUUUCUAAAAAUUAUAGUUAGAGACUUAAUCGUCCCUACAUUUAGAUUACAUUCAAAACGUUUUUUUUUAGUAUCUCGUGAAUUAGUGGGCGAUAAAUUAUAAUGUUUUAUUUCGUCUUAGAAACAUAAGAAAAAUGCGAAAUUAUACAUGUAUUUAUGAAAAGUAAUGCUUCUAAAACUGCGUGCAAUUCGUGCAGGUGGCAAAGACUUCAAACUAAACUGUAGCGGAUCAAAUAGUAACAAUCAUGUCACAAGUCACAGGCCUUCUUCAGGUAAGAAAAUCUGUUUUUUAAAGAGUAUAUUUAAAACUUUUUUUUUUCCUUUUAACUUUUCUUUUUAAACGUACAAAUCUACUCCGUGCCUCGUUUUAAUGUUCUUUAUAAAAAUAUCUAUUUACAGAAAAAAAUGUGUCGGUUUAAUUUCUAAUAAAAGAGAGAGCUGAAAUGUUGUAAUGAUGUGUAAUGAUUUGUAAUGAUAAUAUGAUGUGUAAUGAUGUAGUGAUUAAAGGAAUCUAUAAAAUUUGCAGAUUAAAUGUUCUGAUGUUUCACAAUGUAUAUAUAUACCAAUUCCACUGUUCUUACAGAAAUGAGCCACUCACCUAUAACCAAACCAACGGUAACUAUAGGUAACGGAUCAAAUACAGCCAAAAGUAAACCCGUUAAAUACAUUUUAAAAAAUUACAUAUUUAGAAAAAAAAAAUCCUUAACUCAUUUAAACUUCCAAAAAGUUGUAAACAUGCUCACAUUCAAUAGCUGCUUUAAACUUUAAUUUUGUCCAUAUUUAUUGAUGUUUAUUAUUAUUUUGAGUUCUAAUGAUUCAAAGAAAACAACGCGUUUCUCAUAAUAAAUAGCCUACAACCCAACUGUUCUUACCGACACGACACAUUCUACAACAACCAAAAUAUCGGUUACUAGUGAUAAUGGAUCAAAUACAAACAACAUAUCUGUUACUAAUGGAAAUGGAUCAAACACAAAUGCAACGAUUGGUAAACCCGGUACAUUUUUCUUCAUACUGAUUAGAAAAAAAAUGCUGCACUUAUUUUUUCUUCAAAUAACUCAGUUUAUUUUUUUUUAAAAUCACACCGCUAAAGGAACGCUUGAAUAUUAUUUAUAUAGAUCACAAUUUUGUGUGUGGCUUUCUUUCAUAUGUGCGCGCUUUGCAGGCCAGACAACCCUGGCUUUCAUUUUGUUGAUUUUAUGUUCAAGCAAAUACUGUUUUAAAUAAGUGUUAUUAGAUAAUAAAAUAACCUCUAAUAAAAGACGGCUAGAUUGGAGAUUAAUUGUUUUUAAAUUAUCUAAUAACACCUAUUUAAAACAGUAUUUGCUUGAACAUACUGUUUUAAAUAAUGUAUAAUAUAAUAAAAUAUUCUCUAAUAAUGAAGGCUUGAUUGAGACAUUUGUAGAUUUAUACACAUGACCUCGCCUGUCUGUAUGACACUUACUAAGAAGCUUUAACAAAAUAUUUCUGACAUUAAAAAACACAGACAGUUGAGAACACAGAGGGAUUUACAUUUAAACUUACAUUUCACAGGCUUUGCCCAUUACAUAGGAAUUAACAAUAACCUUUAUGUCAUCUGUUUAUAUCAGUUGUACAAAAACACCUUUAAACAACUUUUAAAAAAAUGACACCCCUUUGGAGUAAGUUAUUUUCAAUUACUUCCGAUUAAGUCAGUUA